AUGAAAUCGUACCAGCAAAGCUUCUUGGACCUUGCGCUCGAAUCCAAUGCGUUAAAGUUUGGAACUUUUACUCUCAAGUCCGGCCGCCAGUCUCCGUAUUUUUUCAACUUGGGAUUUUUCAAUACUGGAAAAUUGCUCUCCACUUUGGCAGAGGCGUAUGCCCGGGCCAUAAUUGAGUCUGGCUUGAAGUUUGACAUUCUCUUCGGCCCAGCAUACAAGGGUAUCCCAUUAGCAGCCAUCACGGUGGCAAAAUUGGCGGAAAUUGAUGACUCCUAUGCCAAUGUGGGAUACGCUUUUAACAGAAAAGAGAAGAAAGAUCACGGUGAAGGUGGCAGUAUUGUAGGAUGUGAGUUGAAAAACAAGUCGAUCUUGAUCAUUGACGAUGUUAUGACCGCUGGAACUGCAAUUAAUGAAGCUUUUGAGAUCAUUGGUGCCGAAGGUGGAAAGGUGGUUGGCACUGUGAUUGCAUUGGAUAGACAAGAAACCACCGGAACCGAAGGUAAAUCCGCCACUCAAGCUGUGCUGGAGCGCUACGGAAUUCCCGUUACUUCUAUUGUAACUUUGGGGGACAUUAUUACUCACUUGAAAGACCGCAUUUCAGACGAGGAAAUUGCCCAGGUUCAAAAGUACAGAGAACAAUAUGCACCAAAAUACUAG